CCAUCGGCGGGAAAAAUCGGAAAACCUCCUUGGAAGUUGGAAGAGGCACCGGAGGCACUUCUGGCCAGUUUAGGUGGUGUGGGCGGUGUGGGUAGCAGACCAGCAGAUAACAACUCAGCAGCGUUGUCAGUAUCCCGAAAGUGCAGGAUGAACCGAAAGUCUGGGUUUGGUCUACGCGGCAGGCGCAGCAGCUCCGCAAAUGCCUUCACACCUCGCUCAUUGAUACCAAGGCGGACAUCGUCUAUUGGGGAUCUCCGAUCCUCCGGUGGCGCUUCCCUAGCGUCGGGCCCAGGAAGUAGGCACUCAAAUUUGCGUGGGAACCGUGGCAGCAUCGGGAGCGCGGCUUCGAGCGGCCGCUUCAGUCGUGGUCCCCAGAAGAGUGUGAAAGAUGAGAGGCCACUUGCAGACAAGGCGUACCAGGCAGAGUGUGCAGCGAAGCUUUCCGAGUUUCUGCAGGUUCACGGGUACGCCAAUCAGUGUACUUCGAAGCAGCUGCUGAGGAUGUCCACCAAGGAUUUCGAACAAAUAUUUCAAUUUUUGGUGACAUUCUUGGAUCCCAAGUUCACGAUAGCCGGCAAAGUGGAGGACGCAGCGUUGCAGUGCCUCAAGCGCCUGGGAUACCCCUACACCCUGUCCAAGAGCAUGCUCAUGGGGAUUGGGUCCCGCCUCCCCCAAGCGUUGGCAGUCAUCAUGUGGCUGUACGACAUCGUCAGUUACUAUGCAGAGGUGGACGUCAUAGAUCAUCUUUUUGGAAGGCAGCCAGGCUCUGGAAAUGAUGAUGCCCCGGGCCAUUACGCUGCGGACCUGCUGCUCAAUUGCCUGGACAAUCCUGAUGCUGACGACUCGGAUUGCGAAAGAUUUCUUCAGUUGCUCGCAGCGCAACAAGUACCACAGGAGGACGACCAACUCGACGAGGACAUUGAGAGGGAGCGGAAAGUUCUGGCAGAUAUGGAGGCACGUGUGGCCACGUACGAGGAAGUCCAGAUGGAGCUCAAAGAGACUCGUACCAAGAUACAAAACUAUGACCUCUAUUUCGAAAAGAUGAUGCAGCACUGCGAAGCAACAAAGACUGGCAUACAGGAGGCUUCUAAAUCUCUCGCAGAUUCCGAGGCGGAGAAAGUGAUGUUGAAGGCCGAGCUCUGCGAGCUUCGGUCGGUGCUUCAGGAACAAAUUCAGAGGCAAGAGGACGAGGUGACCUUGAACGCAAAGAGGUCCGAACUGCAGGACAACAUCAGGCGAAGGAGGAACCAGAUUGAAGCCCUGAAGGAAGAGCACAUCGAACUGCAGAUGGGCUGGAAGAAGGAGCACGAGAAGCUUCAAGAUCUGCGUGAGGAUGGGGCAGGAGUGUUGAAGCUUCUUGAGAAGCCUGUGAGCAGUGUUCUGCGGGGCCAGCAGAGUGCAGUGCUUCAGGACUUUGACCUGCGCCCAGUGUUCACCGAAGAAGACUUGCAGCAGCAGGAAUCCUGCAACGAGGCUGCGUCUGCUCAGCUCUCGCAGCUGAUGACGCGGGUGGAAGAGAAGCUCUGUGCCCACAUCAAGAAUGAAAAGGAGCUUUUUGAGAAGUACGAGUUCGACAUAGAGAAUAUCACUAUGGAGCUCAGAUCGGACCAGAGGAUAGCAGAGAAGAGCAAAGCCUGUGCAGAAGCUGUCGUAAAGCAACUCCGAGACGAGCAGGAAGCAGUCUACGAGCAGUAUGAGAAAGCCUUGGCCGAGAUUGCAGAACUUUCCGCCCAGCAGAGGACACGCCAGGCAAUGCAGGAGGAGGAUGUCGGCCACAAAAAGAGCCUCCUGGAGAGUGCCAAGAGAGACCUGGAAAAGGCACAAAAAGAAUAUGAAGACGGCCUAAACAAUUGCCAGAAGAGGAUGGAAAACACCAAGAGGCUGUCCAAGGAGCAGACGAGAGAGUUCCUGCAGAUGCUGGCCGACAUCAAGAAAGACCUCGUUGCUGAAGAGCGUGAGAUUGAGGCCAUGAGAAAAGUUAUGAAGAAGAAAUAAGGCCUGCUCGUUUUAUCGCACUGCAUGGCGUUCUCAAGCGAUAUUCGCACGUAAAUGAAUUUGUAUAAAUAAACCAAUAAACAGAGGAGUGCAUCAAAACUUUU